AUGCAAUUGGAGAAACCUCAGUGUGAGACCAUCACUACUUUGAUGGUCAACAUGGCGGCGCCCAUGCGAAGUCUAUCGCAAAUUUUCAUCAGAAGAUCCCAGCCUCUGGCAUGUGUCCAAAGGAAGUACAGCAGCACAAGGAAGGAUGACGGCACCUUGUGUCAGCCAGAACUGGCCGUAACGUCCGACGGGCGGACGAUCGUUUGCUAUCACCCGUCCAAACCGUUUCCGUACGAACACACGAAGCCGCUUCCGCCCUUGGACCAUAUGAGCUUGGAGGCUGGAGCCAGCCAAGAAGACAUCUUGAAGUUGACAUUCAAGGAGCAGACCAAGGAACAUCUUUCAGGUCCUGACAAUAAGAAACUUGAACAGAUGUUCUUUAUACAUGAGAACAAGUGGUGGGGCUCCAGCAAAGUGCGUCUACGGAAGUCCAAUGAACCUAAAGACAGGGAAACAGAACUAUGGCAGCCCCCAAAGGACCAGUGAUGUACAGCCAAGUUGGACACAGUAGUUACCAAGGCUAUGUACUAUGUAGACAAAUCUCUAACAUACAAUAUGCAUUGGGGAGCCUCUGCUAAACUGGGUUGAGGUUUUACCGUCACCGUUUCAACUUUUGUGGACGUGGCCAGAUUUCAGCCAAUCACCUACAUGUAUAUGCUUUCUUUCUGUAAAGCCAAUUCACUUAUUGGCUCAUUAGAUGCCAUGCCCACAAUCAGCCUAGUUUAAAAGGCUGUGUAGACGAAGUUUGAUCUGUGUUCUGUUGAAGAUAACACUAGCAGUUGCUGUUUUCUACCAAGCAGUCAGUUCUACCAGUGCACCUGAGUUUAUAUUGCCAACAGCUCUUUUCCAGUUCUCACCCUUCUCAGUCCUCUUUGAUUAAGCUAUCCUUAAUAAAUAUGGUACCUGGAUCAACCAGUCAAUGGCAGAAAAUAAGGAAUAAAAUAUCUAUGACAAAAUAAGAUGAAUUACUCCAUACUGGAUGUAAUGUUGUGUCCAUUAAAUGCAUCUUAACUGAA